AUGCGUUUUUUCCUCGCUUUCAUCGCGCUAGGGCUUCACCUUGUCUCAGCAAAAUGUACGAUAGGGCAGGGCAAUGUGGAGCCAUGCGGAAAGCAUACGGCAAUAAUUGUCGAUUCAACAAAAUAUCAGGCCGAUGAGAAAACGGCUACAAAGGUGUUCGAAUUCGUGUCCACCUACCUCUCGACGCUCGAUCUCUCAUCUGGAAACUAUUCCAUAACGAUGGGCUAUUAUGGAUUGGGUGAUCCAUCCGUUUCGUGGAGCCCUAUCAUGCUCGAUUUCGCGAAGAGCAGCCCGAAAGUGCUUUGCGAGAACUACGAGGGGCUACUGACGUACGAAAAAGCGAACCAUUACGGGAUCUGCUUGAUUGAGACCGCUCUGCUCGGUCUCUACAACAUUACCGGUGUUUACGAGAGUCAUUACGACGAUGUUUUAUGGAUUACGGCCACACACGAUCAAGUGGAUGUGGAUGAGUCGGCCAAAUUUCUUUCUGCAUUUGGAGCCACUCGAUUUACUGUGGUUAACAUGGGGACGGCCGAUUUUAGCUCCUGGAAAGGCGCUAGGGUAAUCUGCCAGCAAUAUCCAUUCCCCGCCGAUUUCUCGGCUACCGUAUUCUCGCAAGUAUGCCGAAACAACCAGACGGCCGAUCAGGGCUGCAAAAAUUCGCCCGCAACUUCAACCCAGCCACGACCAAUGACUACCACUAUGCCAGUAUUUUCAGACAAUUUGACGUGUCCUUGUGAGCCGAAAAAGGUGUGGAACGACGUUUAUGUUCUUUUUGAUGGUGUAUUGUUCACGGCGGCCAAGUUCAAGCAGGUAGUAUCCAUCAUCAAAGACUCGCUCUUCCAAUUAUCGAUCGGCCAGGGGCAACAGGAUACGAGGAUUGGGAUUUCUGUUUAUGGCGAUACUGUGCACCAUCUGGCCAGCCUCGACCGCUACACAAAUUCCGACGGUUUCAUGACACAACAAAUCCAGCCACUGCCUUCCGAUUAUGGCACAAACAUCGAUGCCGCAAUUUCGGAUGCUCGUGCUCAUUUCAACAGCUCUGAGCACCGUCCGUAUGCCCGGAAAGUGAUCAUCGUGGUUGGGGCCGGAUAUCGGGACGGCAAUUACUCCUCGCCAUCCUAUUCAGCAUUGGUCUUCCAAAACUACGAGGGCGGUAUCAUCAUUUCUCUUGAUUUCGGGUAUAACAACGGCUCGACGAAUGUCCUGAAAUCGAUCGCUAGCCGUGGGUAUUGGAUUGACGGCCUCAAUCUCUAUCAGGAUGAGGAUGAAAAGGCGAUUGUGCAUCUGAUGUGUGAGGCAAAUUGUCUCUGCCCAAAGGGGUAUCGAUCUGCACAGGAUACACCCCGGUAUACACCGGCUGAAGGAUGUUUCAAGGUUUCAAACGCCGCAACCGAUGCCCCGACAGCUUCGGGAGUUUGUGGGAAUGAUGGAGGGGUGUUGGGCGCUACAAAAGACACCUAUCAACGCGUAUUUGCCGUUGGGGCCCAAUCAAAUCAGGAUUCGCCCCUCUGGGUGGGGCUUUCAAAGGAUAAUGGGUUGAAUUGGAUGUGGUCAGAUGGAACACCGAUGAAUGCGUCCUCUCCAAUCGUGGCCGGCCCGGGUUCUUGUGCAUACCUAAAGCGGACCAGCGGUUUCCAAACAGCCCUCUACCAAGAUGACUGUUCUCAAUCCCAUCCCUUCAUCUGCCAAUUGCCGCCCUGUUCAUCUACAAAUCUUUGCAUG